AGAACAUCUAAAAAAUCGGAAUCAUUAUGCUUCGGAAAGACUAGACCUGGAUCUGUAUAUUUGUUGAUUUUCAUGUUGGAUAUCUAGCGUCUAGUUAUAUUUAUUUACGAAUAAACUGCAAAUUAGAUCACCAUUAAGAUAUGUCACGAGGAAGCAGUGCUGGUUUCGAUAGAUUUAUUACUAUUUUCUCACCGGAGGGACGAUUAUAUCAAGUUGAAUAUGCGUUUAAAGCCAUCAAUCAAGGAGGACUAACGUCUGUUGCAGUUAGAGGAAAAGACAAUGCUGUUGUUGUAACACAGAAGAAAGUCCCUGAUAAGCUUUUGGACCCAGACACAGUGACACACCUUUACAAACUGACAGACACGAUAGGCUGUGUUAUGACUGGCAUGAUUGCUGAUAGUAAGUCCCAAGUUCUAAGAGCUCGCUAUGAGGCAGCCAAAUGGAAAUACACUUAUGGCUAUGACAUUCCUGUGGACAUGUUGUGCAAGAGAAUCGCUGACAUUAACCAGGUGUACACACAGAGUGCUGAAAUGAGACCACUCGGCUGUUGUAUGAUACUGAUUGGUUAUGACCAAGAGACUGGACCAAAUGUUUACAAAACAGAUCCUGCUGGCUACUACUGCGGCUUCAAGGCCACAGCCGCUGGUGUGAAACAAUUGGAAGCUAACAGCUUUCUAGAGAAAAAAAUCAAGAAAAAGAAUGAAUUCACAGAUAAUGAAGCAGUAGAAAUUGCCAUUACAUGUCUAUCUACUGUCUUAUCUGCUGACUUCAAGGCAUCUGAAUUAGAAAUAGGAAUAGUUUCAAAAGAUAACCCUCAAUUUAGAGUUUUAACAGACAAUGAAACAGAUGUUUACCUUGCAUCCAUUGCAGAAAAAGAUUGAUGAUACAAAAUUGAUGCUUGUCUAUGGAGUUAUUCUCUAAACAUUUUGUUGGUAGUUAAUUUCUUUUCAUUAAAUAUCUUGGUGAACUUUUAUUUGAAUACACCAGAUUCAGAAAUAGUUGUAAUAAUUUAUGUCUGCAGACACAUUGUGUCCAAUUUGAAGUUACUUUCUCACACACACACUAAAAUCUUAUUACAUUUUGAUAAUGUAUGAUGCUCUGCGUUUCAACUCUGGAUGGUAAAUAUUUUAACAAUAUCUUGGUUAUGAUCUUAAUAAGCCCUUUGAACCGUAAAUAUUUUUUAACGUCUUUUUUUGUUUUUCUCUACUGUGUGUUAUAUAAUGAUUAUUUUUUGUUUAAAUACUAUCAUUAACUGUUCUAAUGAUAGUUCAGUAACAACUGUUGAGUGUUAUACAUAAGUGUGGAUGUGUCAGUACGUGAGGCAGGAAUCACAAAUAAUAGAAGGCCUUCACCAAGGGCAUGUUUUGUUUUACAAUGUCAUUAAAUGAGAGCCAAGCAUUCAGUUGGGGUUCUCAAAAUCUCA